AUGACUAAAAAUAGAAAGACAAGUGUGCCUGAAACUUCUUUUAGUGUACAGUCACAUCAGUCAAGACUGCCAAAUAUGAAGCUCCCUAAACUCAGCGGAAAAUAUUCCGACUACAAGAACUUUAUGAGCCUAUUUGAGAACUUGGUCCACAAUGAUCCGACGUUGACAGACAUAGAAAAAUUUAAUCAUUUAAUAUCAUGCUUGUCCGAAGAAGCGUUGGGUACAGUCAAAGCUUUUCAGAUUUCAGAAGAAAAUUAUCCCAAAGCAUUAGCCAGUCUAAAAAAGGUUUAUGACAAUGAAUGUCUGAUAUUUUUUGAUAAUAUCUCCAAACUGUUUGAUCUACAUGAGAUCACAAAACCUUCGGCUUCUGCUUUGCGAAGCAUGAUUGAUACUGUUUCUGCUAUAUAUGAUUAUUUAUUAUCUAUUGGUGAUGAUAAAAAGAUUACUAACGCUAUUUUAAUACAUUUAGUGAUGUCUAAAGUAGAUCCAGUGACCAAAUCUAAGUGGGAAGAACAGCUAGAUUUUGAAAAGCUGCCACUAUGGUCAGACUGUGAAGCCGCCUUGAACAAACGGUAUCAGCAUAUUGCUGCUGAUGAAUCUUCAAGUUCAAGGACGAUGUUAAAUAAGAAUAAAACUGACAAUUCUACAAAGAAAAAUAAUAAAACAUCACUAAAUUGUACAAAAUCAAAGCAAUCUGCUGACAAAUGUUUAUUUUGUAGAUCUAAUCAGCAUAUAAUAAUUAAUUGCCCUUCAUUUACUGCUGAGCCCGUAAUUCAAAGAUUUGAUUUUAUUAAAUCUGUGCCAGCAUGUAUAAAUUGUCUGAAAAAAGGACAUACAGUAGCAAGAUGUACAGCAUCAAAGUGUAGAAUUUGCAGUGGUUCACAUAACUCAUUGCUACACAGGUACAAUACUAGUUCAAGUUCUAAUAACAAUGGAAAUUCUAAUAACAAUGAAAAUUCUAACAACUACUCUGAACAGCCGUCUACUUCUCACGCUUCGGUGAAUUAUUCAUCAUCAGAUGAAAGAAUUGUUCUAGCGACAGCUGUGGUUAGAGUAAGAAAUAGUUCGGGCCAAUUUAUACCAGCCAGAGCUCUUUUAGAUUCCGGUUCUCAACCUAAUUUGAUAACUGAGGAACUUGCACAGUUACUGCGAAAAGAGAAGGAGGCAGAUUGA